AUGAUGAGUGUGUCCUUGGCAAAUGCAGGAGAGGGCCGGCGUUGCGUGGCCUUCGACAUAGCCUAUGACAAAACGUGGAUGAACAUGCUCUCCGACGAGGGGUAUGUGCACGCGCUAUACCAAGUGAUGAACUUGGCGCCGGGUACCUUUUUGACCCUUGCGCCAGUGUGUAGCAGUUGGGUCUUCAUGUCUCGCGGAACGACAAAGCGCACCAAAGGACGGCCUCUCGGAGACCAAGAGGCUCCCAGCGUUGACGCUGGGAACCGCAUGGCUUCGCGGGUCGCGAUACUGCUCUUCAUCGCUUGCGCCAAGAGAGUACACAUAGUCAUGGAGCAGCCGCGCGGAUCUCUUCUGCAGGAGCAUCCGGGCAUGCAGGCUUUGUUUUCCAGGACCACGUGGUACAAGCAUCACAUCUUGAUGCGGAACUUCGGGGGCCCUACAGACAAGGGAACUUGGCUCUAUUCCAGUCACAAGCUCAUCCAAGAUCUCUAUCGCUUCCGGCCUUUGCUGAAGAAGGAACACAUUGAACCACCGCAGCUAGUGGAACGGUACGUGGACCCAAGCGGAAGGACAUGCACAAAAGGUGGGCCCGACCUGAAGGCUUCACAAGCCUAUCCGUUAGAGUGUCUCAGUUGCAGCGCACCCCCCCAGGCCCACCCCUCGCCCCCACCUCCCAUUUUUUUGUAUAUACGCAACUCAGGUUCGGGAUUGCUCUUGCGCUACUACGGACAAAGAAGCGAGCGGCAGUGCGACGCAAGGCCUUAA